GCCUUAUCUGAGAAAAGCCAGUGCCAGCGCCGCUCUCGGGGAGCUGCCGGGAGGUGGAGCCGCUUUAGAGCGACCGCUUGCAACAACAGAACAGAAGCUUCUCCCGAAAGAGCCACACGUUCCUGCCCAAGAUCUUCUUCCGCAAAAUGUCGUCGUCAGGGGCCAAGGACAAGCCGGAGCUGCAGUUUCCCUUCCUGCAGGAUGAGGAGACCGUGGCCACGCUGCUGGAGUGCAAGACCCUCUUCAUCCUGCGGGGCCUGCCGGGGAGCGGCAAGUCCACCCUGGCGCGGGCCAUCGUGGACAGGUACCGGGACGGCACCAAGAUGGUGUCCGCCGACGCCUACAAGAUCACCCCCGGGGGCCGAGGCGACUUCUCGGAGGAGUACAAGCGGCUGGACGAGGACCUGGCUGCCUACUGCCGCCGCGACGUGCGCGUCCUGGUGCUGGACGACACCAACCACGAGCGCGAGCGGCUGGAGCAGCUCUUUGACUUGGCCGACCAGUACCAGUACCAGGUGGUGCUGGUGGAGCCCAAGACGGCGUGGCGGCUGGACUGCGCGCAGCUCAAGGAGAAGAACCAGUGGCAGCUGUCGGCCGACGAGCUGAAGAAGCUGAAGCCGGGGCUGGAGAAGGACUUCCUGCCGCUCUACUUCGGCUGGUUCCUGACCAAGAAGAGCUCCGAGAGCCUCCGCAAGGCCGGCCAGGUCUUCCUGGAGGAGCUGGGCAACCACAAGGCCUUCAAGAAGGAGCUGCGACACUUUGUCUCUGGGGACGAGCCCAGGGAGAAGAUCGAACUGCUCACCUACUUUGGGAAGAGACCCCCCGGCGUGCUGCACUGCACAACCAAGUUCUGUGACUACGGAAAGGCUGCAGGGGCAGACGAGUACGCCCAGCAGGAUGUGGUGAGGAAGUCGUACUGCAAGGCCUUCACGCUGACCAUCAGUGCCCUCUUCGUGACACCCAAGACUACUGGAGCCCGGGUGGAGCUGAGCGAGCAGGAGCUGCCAUUGUGGCCAAAUGACGUGGACAAGCUGUCCCCCUCUGACAGCCUGCCCCGGGGGAGCCGGGCUCACAUCACCCUCGGCUGCGCGGGCGACGUGGAGCCCGUGCAGACGGGCAUUGACCUCCUGGAGAUUGUGCGGCAGGAGAAGGGGGGCAGCCGAGGCGAGGAGGUGGGUGAGCUAAGCCGGGGCAAACUCCACUCCUUGGGCAAUGGGCGCUGGCUGCUAAGCCUGGCCAAGAAGCUGGAGGUCAGGGCCAUCUUCACGGGAUACUAUGGGAAGGGCAAACCCGUGCCCACGCACGGCAGCCGCAAGGGGGGCGCCUUGCAGUCCUGCACCAUCAUCUGAGUGUUCUCGCUGCCGUCAGCCCCCCGCUCCUCAGAAGGGAAAGGGAAGGGGUGGAGGGGAAGGGAAAGCAUGCCUUCUGCUU